AUGGCAAAGUGGAGGCCCGGAAUUUCCAUCACUUCUGUUGAUUUUGCCACCUAUCUCACCGUCUUCAGCAACAUGGUUGCCGAUACUGCCUACUAUGAUCUCCUUGAGAUCCACAUCGAGGCCACCGAGGUCGAGAUCAAGCGUGCUUACAAGAAAAAGGCCAUGAAGCACCAUCCUGACAAGAACCCCGACGAUCCCCUGGCGCACGAGACAUUCCAGGCCAUCGGACAGGCGUACGAGACACUCAUGGACCCAAACCUCCGCGAAAGCUACGACCGGUAUGGCCCGGACGGACCACCGCGCGGCGGCGGUGGGUAUGCGGAUGAGUUUGACAUGUUCGAAUCCAUGUUCGGCGGGUUUGGUAUGGGCGGAAUGGGGGGCGCGUCGUUUGGCUUCGACCCCGCAGGAAGAGGGCCCAGGCCGAAGCGCGGGCUUAACACCGACCUGGAGUACCCGAUUACCCUCGAGGAGGCGUACAAAGGCAAGCGGGUGGUGAUGUCGCUGGAGCGCGACCGCAACUGCAAGACGUGUAAGGGGCGAGGAGGACGUGAGGGCAUGAAGAUGACCACGUGUGGCAAGUGUGAGGGCAAGGGCGUCAUCUUCGCAGACAGACAUCUGGCACCUGGCGUGGUCGGCAAGAUGCGUGUCACGUGCACGGACUGCGACGGAGCGGGCGAACACAUCCGCGAGAAAGACCGCUGCAAGCGCUGCAAGGGCAAAAAGGUCACAAAGGAAAAGAAGCGCGUUGAGUUCCAGAUCGAGCCGGGGACGGAGAAUGGCGAGCGUAUCGCGCUCAAGGGAGAGGGCGACGAGGAGCCUGACGUCCCCGCCGGCGACGUCAUCUUCCACAUUCGCAUCAAGCCGCACACAGCGUUCAUGCGGGCGUCACAAUCGCCCGCGGACCUGCAGACGACUGUUACCUUGAAUCUUUCCGAAGCGCUGCUGGGAUUCAAGCGCAUCCUUGUCGUCCACCUCGAUGGGCGAGGGCUGCGCGUCGAGUCGAAACGUGGUGAGCGAAUCAUCCAACAUGGUGACGAGCUCGUCAUUCGCGGUGAGGGCAUGCCCGUGCGUGGUCGCGCAACCAAGGGCGACCUGUAUGUCAAGUUCAAAGUCGAAAUGCCCGGUGUGUCGUGGGCCUCACGUCAGGGCGACAGUGCAGUCAACUUGCCUGCGCCGCUGCCAGACCUCGAUCCCGAGCCGGAGAAGGUCGACUUGCGGUACCUCUCAUCGGUGCGGAGAUAA